AUGCUCUUACCAACUGGUUACUGCCGGCCUGUCUCUCAGUCUUCUCACGGCUCCCUCCGGAGAAGAGAACCGCACAAUUCAAAUGCACCUGGUCAGCAGGAAGACGGACAUCCUCAUGGACCGCACGGGAAGCAAAAUGGACCACCCAGCCCUGCUCCCGCCGGAGUCACUGAAGAGCCAGGUACCACAACCAGCGAGACCCCUUCAAUCGAGACAACAACUGCGCAAGAGGUCACCGGUUCCCCAGAUUCAUCCGCUCCUCCAGCUCCCCCUACUGCAUCCUCAAGCCCAGCUGGGCCUGAAAUCACCACGCCAUCUUUCAUUCUCAUCACCAGCGCAUCAGGGUCAACGACCACUUACGAGCCCUCUUCUCUCGCCACGACGACUCCAUCACCAGAUCCAGAAUUAACAUUGCUGUCGACCUCUGUAACUUCAACCACGCUCACAUACAGUCUCUCGUCCAGCACGACCGUGGACUCGACUACAUAUUCCCUCACCUGUGGCACUCCUGUUUCACAAGCUUCAGUUGCCUCCUCCGAUACUGUGUCCCUAGCCGGAUCGGCAUCAUCGCAGUUAUCCACCUCACGCCACUCGAUGCAAGUAACAUCAAAGACAACAUCUCGGUCAAGCAUCUACCAUACAACCAGCGCCACUACCACCGAGACGCCGUGGGGUUAUCAAAGCCCGAAUGGCACCGUCCAGUCCAAAUCCAAUGGUUCUCUAUCGCAAGGACAGAAAGCAGGAAUCGCGGUUGGAACUCUUGUCGGUGUCUCUGUCAUUCUCUCGCUGCUGUAUUGGCUCUAUCGACGGCGCAAACGGGGAUCCAUCCGCCUUGGAUCAGAAUCAGGGCUUGGACGGGGCGGUCAGAGACCCGAAUCUCCAGAUCCGCGUCCUCCCCGCCACCGACCGUUCGACGUGUUGCCCGAUGACUCUCCAAUGGCACAAGCUGCUGGCUUGAAUAAUGUCCUCCCAGCCUGGUACCCAAGAGCACGACAGUCCCCGCCCAGAUCCCUACGGUCGUUCCUCGGAGGAGCCACUAACCCGCUGGGCAUGAACCCAGUGACAGCGCCAGUGACGACGACACCGCCCGUGUCCCGACCUAGGACUCCAACCCCGCCGAAAUCGUUCGCGGCGUCCGCGUCAUCGCUCUUCCUCCGCCGGCCUCGCUCGACUGCCACCGCCUCAACCCUGCACACGGACAGUAUCUCCACGCGCACGGGGACCGGCGAGGACCAACAACCCCUGCCGGCGCCAAUGCCCGUGCCAGUGGUCAUGAGAGGUCCACACGCCCUGCGACCCCUAGUCAUGCCCGCCUUGCGGCUUUACCCUGCUGCAGCACCUGCAGCUGCAGCCUCGGCCUCGGCCUCGACCUCGCUAUCUGCAGGCGGUCAGGUUACGGGAGAAGCGAUGCUGAACAGCGCCUCGGGGAGCGCUCACUCCCUCGCUGUCCCGUCCCAGACGACAACGACACACUCGUAUCCUGUAGUGAGCCACCACCACCACCACCCGCAGCAGGAGCAGAGACACAGCACCAGCAACCCGAACCCCGGCACAUCCUCCACGGACAGAGAUAGAGAUAGAGAUCCCCGCUCAGCCAGGGCGAUAUUCGACCGGACCAAAGCUCGCCUCCUCCCAGCGAAAUGA